AUGGAUGGUAUGGGUAAAUCCUGUAGCAAACAACGCUUGAACUGUGCCUCCACCUACAGCGUCAAGAAGGCUGCAGUGCUGGAUGAAAAAUAUGACAUCCUAUCAGGAGCCGCUGCAGCUCUCGGCGAAGAGAACGAAACUACUGUCGCCAAAAUCGCGUGGCUCAGCAGCAAGGAGGCCGCGAAGGCCUAUGGGUCCAUGGUCGUGUACCUAACCAAAGGCACUGACGCACGGAGGCUGUUGGCCGACGGAUACUUCCACGUCGGAGGAGAAUCUGGGACAACCAGCGUCUUUGAACAUCGACCACGACCGACACAAUGCUACAAUUGCCAGGAGAUUGGCCAUAAGGCAUUCCAAUGCAAGAACAUCCAGAAGUGCGCAAAAUGCGCAACGGAGGGCCAUCGCCACAGCAACUGCGACCAAACGGUCCCAAACUCUAUCCGUCACGUCAUGAAUAAAACACUCCGAAUAAUCCAACUAAAUGUGAGGAAACAGGGAGCGGUGCAUGACAGUUUGAUGAACGACGAAGAAACUCAGAACGCAGUGGCGUUAGCGAUUCAGGAACCCCAAGCGAGGAGAAUUCAAGGCCGGCUCUUGACAACCCCGAUGGGACAUCACCAGUGGACAAAGAUGGUUCCUUCCACUUGGAGGGAAGGCAGAUGGGCAAUACGAAGCAUGCUCUGGAUCAAUAAGGAUGUGGAAGCGGAGCAAGUGCGGAUCGAUUCACCGGAUCUGACAGCAGCGGUCAUCCGGCUCCCCGGGCGACCGAUUUUUAUGGCAUCGGUCUAUGUAGAGGGAGGGGAUGCCUCGGCGUUGGACGACGCAUGCGAUCACCUCAGGAAAGCAAUUGCAAAAGUACGGCGAGACACGGGGACGGUGAUGGAGACCUUGGUCGUGGGAGACUUUAACCGCCACGAUCAACUCUGGGGAGGAGACAACGUGUCCUUGGGAAGGCAAGGCGAAGCGGAUCCAAUCAUCGACAUCAUGAAUGAAUUUGCUCUCAGCAGUCUACUCGGACGAGGCACAAAGACAUGGCACGGGGGAGGACAGAGUGGGGACUGCGAGUCCACGAUUGACCUCGUCCUGGCGUCGGAAAACCUGGCAGACUCCAUGGUUAAGUGUGCAAUACAUGGGACGGAGCACGGCUCGGACCACCGCGCCAUUGAGACUGUAUUCGAUACCCCGUGGCCGAUCCCAAAGCAUCAGGAACGACUUCUACUGAAGAACGCGCCAUGGAAAGAGAUUAAUGCUAGAAUCGUGAGCACCCUGGCCGCCACUCCGUCGGAAGGCACAGUGCAGCAGAAAACCGAUCGACUGAUGUCUGCGGUCUCGGAAGCGGUGCAUACUUUGACCCCAAAGGCAAAGCCAUCACCACACGCGAAACGAUGGUGGACAGCCGACUUAACACAGCUGCGCCAUAUAUACACAUACUGGCGAAAUCAUGCUCGCUCGGAGCGCCGGGCGGGACGAAAAGUACCGCACCUGGAAAAGACAGCCCAAAGUGCGGCGAAACAAUACCACGAUGCCAUCCGCAAACAAAAGAAGAAGCACUGGAAUGAGUUUCUCGCAGACAACGAUAACAUCUGGAAAGCCGCUAAAUACCUGAAGUCGGGAGAGGACGCAGCAUUCGGGAAGCUACCGCAGCUCGUCAGAGCAGACGGGACUGCCACCACGGAUCAUCAAGAGCAAGCAGAAGAGCUGCUGUCCAAAUUCUUUCCCCCUCUGCCUGACGUUAUUGACGACGAGGGGACCAGACCACAAAGAGAGCCGGUGGGAAUGCCUGCUCUCAGCCUGGAGGAGGUAGAACGACAGCUUUUUGCAGCGAAAUCAUGGAAGGCGCCGGGUGAAGACGGUCUACCGGCGAUAGUCUGGAAGAUGACGUGGCCCACGGUCAAGCACAGGGUUCUCGACUUGUUCCAGGCGUCACUGGAAGAAGGCAGGUUGCCGAGACAGUGGAGACACACGAAGAUCAUACCGCUCAAAAAGCCGAACAAGGAAAACUACACCAUUGCGAAGGCAUGGAGGCCAAAUUCGCUCCUCGCGACGCUGGGCAAGAUACUGGAAUCCGUGGUUGCAGAAAGGAUCUCGCACGCUGUGGAGACACACGGCUUGCUCCCGACCAGCCAUUUCGGAGCCCGAAAGCAACGGUCCGCGGAGCAGGCGCUUGUGCUCUUGCAAGAGCAGAUCUACACAGCGUGGCGUGGCCGACGGGUGUUGAGUUUGAUCAGCUUCGAUGUUAAAGGCGCCUACAACGGUGUGUGCAAAGAGCGACUGCUCCAGAGAAUGAAAGCGCGAGGUAUACCAGUUGACCUGCUCCGGUGGGUCGAAGCGUUCUGCUCGGAACGAACGGCUACCAUUCAAAUCAAUGGGCAAGUGUCGGAGGUCCAGAGCCUUCCACAGGCUGGCCUACCUCAGGGCUCGCCC